GUCACCGCGCGGCUCAGGCUGCUACAUCCGGGUUGUUCCCGGAGAGAGGUGGCUGGAGCCGGAUCCUUUAGGAGGCAUGAGGCCGCGGCUUUAAGUGACAACUGAAUAUCGGGGACAUGGCGGGGAACGGUAAGAGGAAGAAGCAGGUGCGGUUCGCCAGGGCGGAGGACGACGAGGCCGGAGAAGAGGAAGAAGAGGACACUUUGUUUGAUAAACGGCCGCCAAGUGCUAGCAGAGGCCGGGAGGAUGAGGAAGGCGGCAGUCGUCGGAGGAGAGCGGAGGAUGUGGUGCUGUUAGUGCCUGGAGGCCUGAGCGGGAGAGGCGGCCAGCAGUGCGCCGGGCUGAGGUGCUGUGUGACCACCGCCAUGUGCGCGGCUUUCCUGGGGCUGGGAAUGGCUAUUUCAGUCUUAGGACCAACGUUCCCUGAUUUGGCUGCUAAUGUGAAUAGUACUGUUGGAAACAUUUCCUAUAUUUUUGUCGGGAGGUCCUUAGGAUAUUUUUGUGGCUCUAUCUUGAGUGGUAUCCUUUUUGAACGCUUAAAUCAGCACCUGCUUCUAGGGUUAUCAAUGCUGGCAACUUGUGCAGGACUUUUUGUCUUGCCAUGGUGUAAGAAGGCCAUUUUCCUUACUGGAGUUAUGUCUAUUGUGGGAACUUCCAUGGGAUUCCUAGACACUGGUGGAAAUGUGGUCAUUCUGAACACCUGGGGGGAUGAAGCUGGACCUCACGUGCAAGCACUCCACUUCAGUUUUGCUUUGGGGGCUGUCCUAGCUCCAAUAUUGGCAAAGCUAAUCCCAGAAAUUCUGCCACUUGAUAAGAAUCACCUCACAGAACGUCUGAGAGACAACACGACAUCCAAGGAAAUGCUGGAUUUGCCUCUGGGAUUAAAAAAAUCCAUGUUAUCCUAUAUUGUGAUCGCAACAUAUAUUUUCCUGGUGUCUUUAUUUUUAUUUAUCUUGUACAGCAAGACCCAGUCAAACCAAUCAGUCACCAAGAGCACAGACGAGAAAGUACGGACAGCCAGAUACCACAAUGCCCUUAUAUUUCUCCUUUUCUUGUUUUUUUUCUUCUAUGUUGGUGCAGAAGUUGCCUACGGUUCCUAUAUUUUUACCUAUGCUAUCACUACAGCAGAAAUGGACCAUGAUAAAGCAGCAGGGCUGAAUUCCAUAUUUUGGGGAGUGUUUGCUGCAGUUCGAGGCCUGGCCAUCUGUUUUGCUACAUGUCUGUAUCCUGGCACCAUGCUGCUGCUUAGUGUGAUUGGCUGUGCUGUGUCGUCUUUGUUUUUACUACUUUUUCAUACCAACCACAUUGUGCUUUGGGCUGGUAGCGCACUCUAUGGUGCCUCAAUGGCUACUACGUUUCCAAGUGGCUUUUCUUGGGCACAGCAGUACACAACCAUAGGAGGAAAGGCUGCUUCUUUAUUCGUCAUCGGGGCAGCACUGGGUGAAAUGGCUAUUCCUGCCUCUGUAGGUUACCUUCAGGGAUUGUUUCCUGCCUAUCCUGUACUUAUGUAUACAAUCUUGGCGUCCUCUGUGUUGACUGCAAUUCUCUUUCCCGUUAUGUACAAACUGGCCACUUCUCCAAGGGACAAGACCCGUUGGGAUGGAAUGGAAAGUGAGGACCGCCGGGCUUUGCUUUCAGGUUCUGGAGUGGAAGAGGAGGAAGAGGAUGCUCAGCGCUGGAAUGAAGCAGAUUUUGAAUCAAUUGAAAUGAAUGAACAAAGUAAGAACUACAACACUGUGAUACAAGAGGGCACAUUAGAUGUUACUUCAAGUUCAGACGUCAACAGCCGGGUGGUAUCAAAAAAUGGGACAGUAGGUAAUGUGAUUGCUAACAUAUCUCCUGCCAAAAACCGGAAUGCAGACAGCGAAAAAAAUGACUAGAAAUAUAGUUUUAUAAAGCAAGCUGGCUUGUUUGGUAGAAUAUCUUGCUGAAAUUGCUUACAAUUAAUGUUUGUAAAGAUUUAUAUUCAUAUGAUGAUUUGAUGUGUACUUUCAUGGCCGAGAUGGGAAUAACCCAUAGUAAGUGCCAGCCCGGGAUUAGCUGUCUCCAUACCUUCGCCUCCCUGGACUAGUAUUUACUGUGGGUUAUUUAUUUCCAUCCCGGCCAUGAAAGGGCGAGAUGGGACAACUCCUUUAAUGGUAAAAGAGCCAUCCACUAAUGGUCUUAGUAGUCAUCUCACAAAGCAGAAGU